AUGAAUCACAGAAUCAAAAAUUACACAAUCUCUGACUUCAUUUCUUCUUCUUCCAACUCAGAAGUUCACACUGAGGGUGCUGUUGACAUUCCCUUUCUUUCAACAUGUGAAGGUGAUUUUGUGAAAUGUCAAGUAACUCAAGCCUUGACAAACUUUAUGAUGCCUAUGAAAGAUUAUUUGGAAAUAGUAAAUCAAAUUUAUAUAUACUUAGCAAUUACAAGUAAUUUAGAUUUUAAUAGAAAUGAGCGUCAUGAUAUUAAUGCAUUUUUUAUUGGAAAACAUCAAGAAACUGAAGAGAGCGGCGACGACGAUAAUGGUGAUUCUACUAAUACAAAAGAGCUAUCUGAUGAUAGUUUAAACAAGGAGCUACUAAUUGGAUUGGACUACAAUGAUCUGAUUAAAUCUUACAUUGUUGAUUUUACUACUGAAAACGUUUUCAUUGAUGCUAAGUUGAAGAAAUUACGCGAGAGGUAUAAUACCAAUGAAGGCGAUAUUAUAUUUGAAAAAUAUCAUAGUAACUAUGACAAUGAUAAUCUACUAAGUUUUUUUAAUGAUAACAACAAUAUGGAAAUAACAACUGAAGAGUCAAUAGCAAAAUGGCUCAUAAUAGAAUUGUAA